UCGCUGCUGCCGUGGCCGGGUUAAAAGGCGGAGCCACGGGGAGGGGUGUUCUGGGAGGAACCAAUGAGCGAGUCCCGUUAGGCCGAGGUCAAGCGUGCUGGUUCCGAGCGCAGGCUGCUUGCCCCAGGUAAGAAAGGUGCGGGCGGGAGGAGGCUGGGCCCCCUGACGCCCGCUCGUGCAGGUUGCAGGCGCUGCGACGCUCGCCGGCUACAUGUCCCUGAGAGGAGUCUCCGCGCGGCUGCUGAGCCGCAGGCCCGGCCUGUGCUUCCCGUGGGUCCCGCGUACGUGGAGCUCGGCGGCGCACACCGAGAAGAGCCGAUCGGCCAAAUGCUGUUCUGAAGGCAGAAUCCUGGCGCGAGCCUCUCGUCCUGGGUUUGACUGGAAGGACCCGCUGGUACUGGAGGAGCAGCUGACUGCCGAUGAGAAACUCAUCAGGGACACUUUCCGCAACUACUGCCAGGAGCGGCUUAUGCCUCGAAUUUUGCUGGCCAAUCGAAACGAAGUUUUUCACCGGGAUAUCGUGUAUGAAAUGGGGGAGCUAGGCGUGUUGGGACCCACCAUCAAAGGGUAUGGCUGUGCUGGAGUGUCAUCCGUGGCCUAUGGGCUCCUGACCCGAGAGCUGGAGAGGGUGGACAGUGGCUACAGGUCAAUGAUGAGUGUCCAGUCCUCCCUUGUCAUGCACCCCAUUUAUACCUAUGGGAGUGAGGAGCAGCGACAAAAGUAUCUGCCCCGCCUGGCCAAGGGUGAACUUCUUGGCUGUUUCGGGCUUACAGAGCCUAACCAUGGGAGUGACCCAGGCGGCAUGGAGACCAGAGCUCAGCACAAUCCCUCAAAGAAGAGCUACACUCUCAGUGGGACCAAGACAUGGAUCACCAACUCUCCUGUGGCUGACCUGUUCGUAGUGUGGGCUCGAUGUGAGGAUAACUGUAUUCGGGGCUUCCUGCUGGAGAAGGGGAUGCGGGGCCUCUCAGCCCCUAGGAUUGAGGGAAAGUUCUCCUUGCGAGCCUCGGCUACCGGUAUGAUCAUCAUGGACAACGUGGAGGUGCCUGAGGAGAAUGUGCUGCCUAGUGUAUCCAGCCUGGCGGGUCCCUUUGGCUGCCUCAACACUGCCAGAUACGGUAUCACGUGGGGUGUGUUGGGAGCUGCUGAGUUCUGUUUUCACACAGCCCGGCAGUAUGCCCUGGACAGGAUCCAGUUUGGUGUCCCCUUGGCCAGGAAUCAGCUGAUUCAGAAGAAGCUGGCAGACAUGCUCACUGAGAUCACACUGGGCCUCCAUGCUUGUCUGCAACUUGGCCGUUUAAAGGAUCAGGACAAGGCUACCCCAGAAAUGGUCUCCCUGCUGAAGAGAAAUAACUGUGGGAAAGCCCUGGACAUUGCCCGCCAGGCACGAGACAUCCUGGGAGGAAAUGGGAUUUCUGAUGAAUACCAUGUGAUCCGGCAUGCUAUGAAUCUGGAGGCAGUGAAUACUUAUGAAGGUACACAUGACAUUCACGUGCUGAUCCUUGGGAGAGCAAUUACUGGAAUUCAGGCUUUCACAGUUGGCAAGUGAACCCACUUCAAACAGAGAAAUGCCUGACUAGAUCCUAGCAACACCAUGCUUUGCUUUGAGCUUGUUCAAGAACUGCUGGAUGGACCCAGCUUUUAUUGUGAAAAGUGAGACACUGAUUUGAGACUAUGGAAUUUGUCUCUAGAAGACAUUCAUAUAUGCUCUCCUCUAUAGAAAGAAGAUGCAAUUAAUUCUCUGUAUGGUCCUCAGCCCUUUUCACAUCUGCAGAUGAGAGCAGACUCCAUCUACCUUGUCUUAAACUUUUUCUAACUUGGGGAGGAGAAAGAGACAAAAUGGAGGGACACAGAAGCCACUGACAUGGAGCAAACCCUGUGAGAAGAUGCACUGGAGUUUACAAUGUGCCUUCCUGCCUCCAUUUCAGGGGCAGUACCUUCCGUACCCAACACUGAGCAGAUAAAAGAGGAAAAUAAAGAGCCUGUGCCUUACUCCUUAGGGUUGGGCUAGGUUUACUGGUAACCACAGAGAAGUUUGGGGAGUUUUUCAUAGGAGGGAUGAAUAUGCCGGGGGGUUCUGCCACUCUGUAAUAGCACAUAGACUUUGAGCUAGACAGUCUAACACUGGCAGGGGACACUUUGUCCUUUCCUCCAUGACAUAGCUAAACUACACAAUAACAACAUAGAUAAUAGUUCGGCUUCUCAGACCAGACCAUGUGACUAGGGACUCCCAAAAAGGUAGCAGAACACCAAGGGUGUUUACAGGGACUGUAACUCUGUGGGCUGGGACAGGAUACUGUAGUCCUCUUUCCUAGAACUGGGGUGGAUGUCAUUGGCAAAGCACUUGUCUGGCAUGUACAAAUCAAUGUACCCUGGAUUUCAUUCCCUACAUUGCAGGGAGGGGAAAAAAAAACCCUAGUUCCUAGUUCCUGUUCACGUUUACUUUUAGCAGAGACAUUCCAGGUCUUUUUCCUCACCCCUAAAUUCUUACCUCAGACUGGACACAUAAGUCCUUGUAUACAGUUUCCACAGUAUGGCAGAUUUGUUUGAGCUCCAUUUCCAGAUGGCUGAUCUUUGCCAUCUUCUGGGUGAAUUCUUGGAGUCUUUCCUGAAUGAUCUUGCUGUGUUGGCUGUACACCUGGUACAUCCUCUCCUCCAACUUCUCUGUCAGAUCUGAGACCUUGCAAAAAGUAACCAAGAAUUAUACUAACUGCAGGAAAACUUUGUUUAUAUUGUACUUUUUUUUGAGACACAGUCUUGCUAUGUAGGCCAGUCUGGUCUUGAACUCACCCAUAUUCCUGUCUCAGCCUGUCAGUGUUGAGAUUACAUGCACACAGUGUACACCACCAUUCCCAGUCCUUGUGUUUCAGAUGGUCAGUCUCAUGUAAUCAGAACUGGCCUUGAACUUCUAUGUAAUUAAGGCUGGUUUUGAACUCCUGAUCCUAGUACUACCUUCCAAGUGCUGGGAAUUAUAGGGAAGUACCACAAUUCCACGUUUCUUUUCUUUAUUAAAACAAGAUACAAAUGUA